CACAUUUUAAGACAGAAAAACAAGUGUUCUCACCAAGAAAUGUUCAGCCCAAGUAAAAUGUUUGUAAUAUUUACUACACUUUCCACUAAAAUAGUCUCCACUGUCAUUUUAUUUUACUUCUUUUUAAUUUUCCUCUAAAAAUUACUAUCAGAAACAAACAUAAUGCUUUGUCAAUGCAUGAUCAUCCUCAUUGUAAUUAUUAUUUUGGAAGAUGUCGUAGUGGCUUGAUCCGAUUAUUCAAGAUCAUGGUUUGCUUUCGAUGGGCGUUUCCCGCUAUUUUUUAAUCCUCUUUGUUGCUGCAAUUAUUUCUAUGCAAUGGCUUGAUCUUUCCAUAUUCAGUGGCAAUCCAUUUCAGAAGUACAUUCUUCAGCCCCAGAAGGCUCAAAUUUAUCCACCUCUGAAUUGCUCGGACACGUGUCCUCCAAAAUUUUACGCGAAAAGUAAUCUGGGCACGUCUUCCCAGACAUGCCCGGAUUACUUUCGAUGGAUUUAUGAAGACUUGAGGCCGUGGAAGAAGACUGGGAUCACCAAAGAAAUGGUGGAUAGAGGGAAGGAUCAUGCACAUAUCAGACUAGUCAUCGUGAAUGGGACAGUGUACAUGGAGAAGUUCGAUCGGCCAGUGUUCCAGACCAGAGAUGUGUUCACAGUAUGGGGGAUUUUGCAGCUUCUUAGGCUCUAUCCAGGCCAAUUGCCUGAUGUGGAUUUGAUGAUCGAGUGUGGAGACAAGCCCAAAUUCUUGAAGGAGGAUUAUGAUAAACAAAAUGUUGUGCCUCCGGUUUUUCAUUAUUGUGGAGACGACUCGAGUUAUGAUAUUGUCUUUCCUGAUUGGUCCUAUUGGGGUUGGCCAGAGCUAAAGAUAAAGCCAUGGGAAGUGAUUAAGAAGGAUUUGGAAGAGGCCAACAAUGUAACUAAAUGGGAGAACAGAGAACCCUAUGCUUACUGGAAGGGAAAUGCUAAAUUAGGAAGAAGACCAGAGCUCGUCAAAUGCAACUUAUCAGAAGAACACGACUGGAAUGCUAGAAUCUACGCGAUAGAUUGGCAAAAAGAACGGCGAGCUGAAGGGUUUAAGAACUCAGACUUGACAGAUCAAUGCACACAUAAAUAUAAAAUCUAUGUUGAAGGAAAUGCAUGGUCAGUAAGCGAAAAGUACAUAUUAGCAUGUGAUUCAGUUACCCUGAUCAUAAACACGCAUUUUUAUGAUUUCUUCACAAGAAGUUUGGUGCCCACAGUGCAUUACUGGCCUAUAAAUGAAAACCAAGAAUGCAGAUCGAUCAAAUUUGCUGUCGACUGGGGCAACCACCACCCGGAAAAGGCAAAGGAGAUAGGGGAACAAGGAAGCAGAUUCGUACAAACAGAGGUCCAGAUGAAAUACGUGUAUGAUUACAUGUUUCAUUUGUUUUCUGAAUACUCUAAACUUCUGAGGUACAAACCAACCGUUCCAGCUAACGCGACAGAAGUAUGUUCAGAAUCACUGGUUUGCUCCGGGGUAGGGAUGAAGAAGAGGCUCAAAUUACAGUCACUGGUGAAGAGUCCUUCAGUCACUGGUCCUUGCAACAUGCCUAAUCCUUAUGAACCUGCAGCUCUUCAAGAAUUUCUUGAAAGAAAAGGAAAUUUAACAAGGCAAGUUGAGUUAUGGGAAUCAAGUUACAAUACCGGAGUUUCAAAAUUUGAAACCGAUGUCUAGGGGAGGGGUUACAUAUUGACUACACUGCCCAGCAUAGUGCAGAGCUGCCAACAGAAAUCGAACAUCCUAUGCACCAAGGGGCCAAUGUUCUGUGAUUUUUACUUCUGUAAACAAUGCUUUGAUGGGAGCCAAUGCUUUGCAGACUGCAGUCUCUUGACAACAGAUCUUCCAUGAUCAUCACCCUCACACCUCAAACAUUUGUCAUUUGUCUCAAAGAUCGGAGGAGUCGAAGAUAGGAUGCAUUACGGAUCAUCGGUCACUGGCAUAUAUUUUGCAGGGGAAGAGGAAGAUAGAAUACACUAAGGCUAUGCAAUCAGUCAUUCGGAAUUUGGUAUGUAGUCACGGAAGCUGUAUCGAGCCCAGGGUUUAUAUAUUUCACCUACAUCCAUAUGUAGGGAUGAGCGUGGUUCGGUUUUGACCAUAUGUAAUGGAUGUAGGUGUAGUCAGCUUCCUCCCUAUUGUUCUCCAGCAACCAUCAUCGAACAAAUAAGUAGCCAGGAAUAAUCACAUGAAUCACCAAUCAUAACAUCAUCGUUUUUGCCGCAAUAGUAUAUACAACAUGCAUAGAUACCUGUUUUCAGAUUAAAUAGCCAUCUAUCUAUAAUGUCACUUUGGGCAUUUCAA